GGGCAAGUACAAAGAGGCUGCUGGUGGUGCAGACGGGACGAGCCGUGUUCCGCGGGGCUAAAAACGUGUAACCGUGUACACUUUUACCUGACGUUAUUACAUUAUUCGGACGAUUAAUGUAGAAGAGUUUGACUCCAAGGACGAGCAGCUGAGUCAACAGAGAGGUGGAGUUGCAUUUAAGUCCAAGGAGAGCCCGGGGGACACUUGGAGUCGGCUUGCAGGUUGCAUGGUAAUCUGGACUUGAUGCAUGGCAGUUGCAUGACUGCAGUAGGUCUUGUUCUGGGACUGAGAGCACACAGCUGCAGCCAUGGCUCAAACCAUGCACGUGAAUGGCAACGGCCCAGAAAGAGGACAAAGAUGCCCAAGCACAGAAGACGACAAGGACUCUGUGGCCCCCUACUAUGUUGAGACUCCUUACGGUUAUCAGUUAGACCUGGACUUCCUCAAGUAUGUCGACGACAUUGAGAGGGGCAACACCAUCAAGAAGCUGAGUAUCCAGAGGAAGCCCAAAGUGGCCAAAUCCUUGGCAGUGCCUCGGGGCAGCACCGGCGGGGGCAGCACUCAGGCUGAAUGGACCUCCACGGACUCCUUGUCUUCCUCCAACAGCGACGACAAGCAGUCCCCGGUCUUCUUCACCUCCAGGCCCCAGGUCGCUGCGCCGCUGACCCCCACCCUCUCCAAGGCGACCUGUGAAGUCCCCCUGCAACAAUCCUACUCCAUUGUUGCAGAGCAGAAACAGCUCCUGCCCCCUCCCUCGCCCAGGUUUGCCCCUCGUCACAACCCCCAAGUGGAGAAGACCCUCAUGGAGACGCGUCGACGGCUGGAACAGGAGCGUCUGCUCCUGCAGCCGCUCAGCGAGCCCCCAGUGCCUCGCCGCCGGCUCGCCAGCUUCAGCGGCAUGGGCUCCACCAGCUCGCUGUCCUCUUACUCGGGGUCUAUGGCCCCGAGCCAGAUCUCUCCCGGCGCCCAUCAGCCUCUCCCCAUCAACGGCCACCUCCCUAAUGGAGAGUAUAACCCCUACUACCCACCAUCCAUGGGCAGCUCCAUCCGCCACAGCCCAAUGAGCUCCGGCAUGGCCACGCCUGUCACUAACGUCAGCCCGCUACACCUUCAGCAAAUCCGGGAGCAGAUGGUGGUGGCCCUCAAGAGGCUGAAAGAGUUAGAGGAGCAGGUGAAAACCAUUCCUAUCUUACAGGUUAAGAUUGCUGUUCUACAGGAAGAGAAAAGACAAUUGGCUGCUCAGUCCAAAAAUCAAGGUCCCGGAGGUUUUCGUAAGCGCUCCUACAGUGUAGGCAGCGUUGACCAAAUGGAGAACCCGGGCCCCAUCCAAAAGGAACCAGAGUUGCACAUCAUGGAGCCUGAAGCCCAGGAACAGAGCGCUCAGCGGCUGGAGGAGUUCAGACGUCUGGCUGCUGAGGUCCAAGCUCUGGAGAAGACCACCCAGGACAAUAAUCUAAACGAGCUUCAGCCUCACAGCCUCACUCAAAACCAGGCCCACCAAAAGUCCAUCGGCAUAGUUACUGAUGAAAACAUGAACAACCUUCCUGUCCGUCAGAGAAAGCUGACAAAUGAUCUCUGUUUCCGGGAUGCAGGAGUAGUGACGGAGCGGCAGGAAGUGCGCAGUGCUGCGGUCGGCGUGACCGAGGCCAUGCUGGGCAUGACCAGUGAAGCUGAGAAAGAGAUCGAGCUCCAGCAGCAGACCAUCGAAGCUCUGAAAGAGAAGAUCUACCGCCUGGAGGUGCAGCUGAAAGAAACCACCCACCAGAUGGAGAUGGGAAAGCUAAAACUGGAGCUCCAAGCAGCUGGUGGGUCAAACAAGAAGAAAGCGGACAAAGGUGUGAUGGCCAGGCCGGAGAUGUACAACGCCUGCGUGGAGGCCAAAGUCCAGAUGCGCAGCCACGGAGUGGGUGACCAUCUGGAGUUCAGCCAUGUUGGCACAGCUAAAACUAUACAAACCCACAGUGUAGGAAUGUCCUGUCAACCCAGUGUUGCCAGCAUUGCCACCGGCCCGGAGAUCCCUAUGGACCGGUGGGUGGUGCAUGAGCGCGUGGAGACGGCUGACCAGUGUGUGGGGAGGCGGGUGGAGACGUGUCACCAGCAGGUCGGCGUAGAGCUGAAUGUUUGUGAGGUGGGAGUUAACACAGAGGAGUCGGUGGACAGCCUGGCUCUCUGCAAACCCAUGACAGAGUUGAGCAAAGAGAGCAGGACGGUCGGCUGUGGAGAUUGUUCAGUCGACGUGAUCGUCAGUCCCGUCAAGGCGCUGGUGUCGCAGGGAACUGACCCAGAUCCUGUGAUGAAGGUGGACGCUGGCGUUAUGGCUGCUCCUGACUCAGCAACUCAGCAGACCAAUACUGAGACAGAGGUUUCAAACAAGUCCACCAACACAAGGACCGCUGUCCUAACGGACUCGUUCACUGAGAUGGUGUUGAUCACUUGUGAUAAACAGACCAACACGGCGGUGACGGAAAUGAGGACGGUCGCCGCUGGGGAGGGACUCGUCAAAGACGUUCACUCGACGGCAAAGACGCGUUCGAUUGCUGUUGGAACCACCACAGAUGUGGAGUCGUUCCUCGGCAAAUCAAGCUCAACCAAAACCAAAGAAUGUGGCGUUGGGCCAGUUAGCGUCCACGAGAACUUCUUGGUUGGCUUAAAAACCAGAAACAUAGCAUGCGGCCCCUCCCAGCCGGCUGAACCUGUCACAAGCAGCAGCAGCAAGGAGACUGCGGAGGUUAAAACGGAGCCUGCACCACCGCAACCUGAGGCCCAGGGGGGCGUCGGACUGGACCAUUACAUCGAGAGGGUGCAGAAGCUGCUGCAGGAGCAACAGAUGCUGCUCGCAGAGAACUACAGCGAGCUGGCCGAAGCUUUCGGUCAGCCCCAGUCCCAGUUUGGAUCCAUCAACAGUCAGCUGGUCAGCACUCUCUCCUCCAUCAACUCCGUCAUGAAGUACGGAAGCGUGGAGGACAUCCUCAAGCUGCAGGCAGACUCUGUGGCCUCCGACAAAGAGCUCGGUCAGCAGCUGCGCGCCACGUCGCUCUCUGUAGCCAACACACCUGCCCAGCAACAGCAGAUCAGCGCAGCCGAGCAGAAGAGCCGCAUGGACCUGCAGAUGUCCACGGCGCUACACGGGCAGCCGUGCAGUCAGAGCACCCUGAAAUCCAUCAUGAAGAAGAAGGACGGCCGACCCGACUCCAACGGCACCAAGAAGAACCUGCAGUUUGUUGGAGUGAACGGAGGGUACGAGAGCACGUCGAGCGACGACUCCAGCUCAGAGGACAGCAGCUCCUCUGGGUCGGACGAAGAGGAGGAAGUGGAGGAAGAGGAGGAGGGGAAGGAGCACAGAGGAAAGGAGGAAAAUAAGAACGCGGAGGGAAAGAGCAUCAGGGAGGAGUUCCAGCCUGAGGGAGCUGAGGAUGUGGACAAGAAGGAUGAAGAGGAAGGUUCAGAGAAGCAGGAGACGAGGGAGAGGUAUGAGCUCAGUGAGAAGAUGUUGGCUGCGUGCAGCGUUCUCAAAACUCACCUCAGUGACUCGAAGGCUGUGAGCAGUAAAGAUCUGAGAGCUUGUCUGAACACGGUGCAACACGAGUGGUUCCGCGUGUCCAGCCAGAAGGCGGCUGUGGCGGCCAUGGUGGAGGACUACCUGGGGGCCUUCGGGGCCAUCUCGCCGGCCGUGCUGCGCCACGUCGUCAACAUGGCCGACGGCAACGGCAACACGGCGCUGCACUACAGCGUGUCGCACUCCAACUUCCAGGUGGUGAAGAAGCUGCUGGUUGCAGAUGUGUGUAACGUGAACCAGCAGAACAAGGCGGGAUACACGCCCAUCAUGCUGGCAGCGCUGGCAGCCGUGGAGACUCCCAAGGACAUGCACAUCGUGGAGGAGCUUUUCAGCAAGGGCGACGUCAACGCCCGAGCCAGCCAGGCGGGUCAGACCGGGCUGAUGCUGGCGGUCAGUCACGGCAGGAUGGACAUGGUUCGGACCCUGCUGGGUCACGGGGCCGACGUGAACGUCCAGGACGACGAGGGCUCCACGGCGCUGAUGUGCGCCAGCGAGCACGGCCACGUCGAGAUCGUCAAGCUGCUGCUGGCUCAACCCGGCUGUGAUGCCACGCUCAGCGACAGCGAUGAGAGUAAUGCCCUGUCCAUAGCUCUGGAAGCAGGACACAAGGACAUUGCAGUGUUGCUUUAUGCACAUGUCAACUUCUCCAAAGCCCAGUCACCAGGAACCCCUCGACUUGGCAGAAAGACGUCACCCAGUCCCACCCGGAGGGGCAUGUUCGAUUAGAGGCCCCGCCUCUGCCCAGAAACCCUGCGCUGCUAUUGGUUCACGCUGAACGACGCCUUACCCACAGCUGGAUGAGGUGACUUAAUCCCCAAGCACCAACCUACCAACCAACCAACCAACCAACCAAUGAGAUUUCUGGAAGUAAUUUUUUUAUUUAUGUGCACGCCUCUCGUCUCCAUGACGAUCCCAAAGUGUCCUUUGAACAUGAAUGUAACCAGCUGGUGCCUCAAGUCCCAUCAGGUUCAGGCUGAAAUAAUCAGCAAGCCACUGGAGUUCAGACCAACACGGACAUUAAUUCAACUACUAAAUGCAACUUUUUCUUUGCCUUGUUUUUAGUUUUUUCUUUUUUUGUCAAUUUGACCAGUUUUUUUUAUUCUUUUUUUUUAUUUCUAAAGCUCAAUGUUGAUCAUUCACGAGCACCAAAACAUCUUUUUGAUUAAUUUUUUUUUUUUUUUUUGUGAGCGCAUCAGAGUAGACAGAUGGAGAAUAAUCCACCCUCAUGUUAGAGGAAAUAUUUCCUGUAUAUAUUGCUCGCCUCGACAUCUCGGUCUGCGCCCAGCUCAGACAAACGCAUCAGUGAAUAGACGUGACCUAGACUGGAGAAACUGUACUUUUAUACAAAUCCUUUGUGUCUAUUUAAAAGAAGAAGAAGAAGAAGAAUCACAGUAUUUUGAAUAUUUCCUAUUACUGCUUAACGAAUCCAUGAAGUUAUAUAUUUAUCAAAGUAUAGUUUUUAAUGCAGAUAUAUGUAUUUCAUUGUACAUACGGUGGUCAUUAGAGUUUAGUUAUUCUCUCUCUUUGUCUUCAUGUCCAGUUUCUCUCUGUCUUGUCAUGUGUAAUAUAAAGUGUCUGUCCUGCUCUAGUGUUCAUCAAGGUACUGACUUUCAUCUUCAAAUGAGAAUUGAAGUGCCUGAGACUUUGCCAUAUAACAAUAAACAUCAGUUAAAGAUUAUAAA